ACUAUGGACACCAGAUCGAUCAUCAAAGCUUCAGCAUUCCUCAUCUUGACGCUGAUCAGCACUCCAUCCAACCUCGCCAUCUGCUGUGCUUUCCUAGAUAUGCUGCUAACCGAUGGCAAACUCAUGGCCACCGAUGUCAUCCUCUUCCACCUAGCCUUAGCCAACCUGAUGGUGGCGUUGUCUCGUAGUGUUCCUCAGACGCUGACUGCAUUUGGGUGCACUAGUUUAUUUGAUGAUUUAGGUUGCAAAGUUAUCGUCUUCUGCUUUCGCCUUUACCGUGGCCUUUCCAUAAGCCUCACCUGUCUACUGAGUGUAUACCAAGCUGUCAUCAUUACCCCUGCCAUCACCAAGCUAGCAGGGCUGAAAACUGGAUUGUCAAGGUGUCUGCUGCCCUUAAUCAUAUUUCUUUAUGCCUUUUGCAGUGCUACAAGUGUGCCCACAAUUCUUUUUGCUGUCUCUAAACUGAUAAAUAACACUGUGCCACCUUAUACAUUGAAUUUGGAAUUUUGCUUUGUUCCAUAUCCUGAUGCAGCCUCCUAUGUCUCAGCAGGCCUCAUAAAUUUCUUUAGAGAUUUUGUGUUCAUCUUAGUGAUGACCAUGAUGAGUGUUUAUAUUCUGAUACUUCUCUACCAACAUGGCAAAAAAGUCAAAAGCAUCAGGAGCUCCCGUCGAGGUCAGUCAGAUGCAAGACCAGAAACCAAAGCAUCCCAAGCGGUGGUCAUCUUGGUCAUCCUCUAUGUCAUUUUCUUUGGAGUUGACAAUAUCAUCUGGCUGUACUCACUAUCUGUGUUUAGGUUGGCAACACUCAUUAAUGACAUCCGGGUCUUCUUUGCCACCCUUUACACUUCGGUGUGUCCAGUUGUUGUCAUUGCUACCAAUCCAAAGGUCAAAGCAAAGCUGAAGAGGUUCUACUUGAAGAGACUCCCUAAUUCAGUGAAGACCAUUAAUCCUACUGUAUAAGGGCAAGGCUCAUAUAAGAUGAAUGACUAAAUGAGAUGCCUACUAUAUCUUUAUUUUGUGGCUGUUACAUACUCAAUGAUAAACUAAAUGAAAUGAGAAAUGGCGUAGGAGGCAAGACUUAAAAGCCUGUCCUGUAGAUGGCCAACAUCUCACAACAGAACUGCCCAGCAGAUUGAGACAAGGAUCACAGCCCAGGACUGCUGGCCAUUACAGGCCUGGCUUGAUGGACUGAGUGCUCUUCUCUUCUUGGUCAAAUGUCCUAUGUUCUUAUGAAGGCCCAAGUUUUAAGAGCAGGCAGUCACAGCCCAAGCCAAAUUUGAAUGUAAUAAACUAGCAGCAAAUGGAAUGACAUUAUAAAG